CCCAAAAUAUUAUCAUUACCGCACAUGUAGUGUGGUGUACACGAUUAAUUACAAACGUUUUAAUUUUUUUACAAACAUUUUUUGAGUUUGGUGACUUGUUCAAUCGUUUCUCCCGUCUAGUACCCACCUAUCGCUUGCGAAAUGUUGGCGGAGUCGAGGAAAAGACGGAAAAAUCCUAUUCACAGCAUUAGUUUGUCGGCUCCGAAUCAUUGGACCAACGAUGACUCCAAGUUUGGUCAAAAAAUGUUGGAAAAAAUGGGCUGGUCUAAAGGUUUGGGUCUCGGCAAAAACAAUCAAGGGAUCUCAGAAAAUAUUAAAGUCCUACAUAAAGUGACUCCAACAGGGCUUGGUUUUGUAGCGCACAACGCUGACGAUUGGUUUAAAGCGGGCGACGACUAUGCACGUCUGUUAGCUCAGUUAACACAAAAUAUUGACGAUGAACACGUAACGUCCGAUUGCAAACACGAUGUGGCCUCAAAAAAAUCUCUAAUGGAAAAUUCUUUAAAUUCCAGAUCAAGAGUUCACUAUCACAAAUUUACAAGAGGUAAAGAUUUAACAAAAUACAAAAGCGAGGAGUUGGCUUGCAUUUUGGGUAAAGGCAUAAAAGACACAGAACCGUCGACGUCUUUAAAUAUGAAUGAUUACUUCAAAACAAAACGGAAGAGCAAAAACUUGAAUCCGAGUGAAAAUGAGACUUAUGUUGUUGAUGAAACGACAAGUCCAGACAUGGUUACCGAAGAAGAAAAUGAUGAAGACGAAAGCCAAAAUGUUAUUUCCAAGAGAAAAAAACUGAAAUCCAAAUCGACUGGGGAAAAUGAAGUAGAAAUAUUAGAUACAAACGAGCAAGAUUCUCCUUUUGGUAAAAAAAGGAAGUUAGAACAAACGCUCGAUCAAAAUACGAAUGAAUUAGUCUUGGAAGAAUCAAAUUCCAAGGCGGAGAGAAGAAAAAAAAAAAAGAACAGCAAAAAAAAUAAGAAGCUGAUACCAUCUAAUGACGAUUUUAUUGACAGCAAAAUUCAAACCGAUAAAACAAGUGACAACCAUGACUUGUCUUCAAGUAAUAAAAGUGAAUUAGAAAAAUCACUUGAUAGUGAUGUUGACGAAAUGAUAACAUUAGACACGUCAAAUUUGAAAUCAGAUAGCAAAAAGAAAAAGAAGAGCAGCAAAAAAAUUAACGGUAUUGUCAAUCAAGAACACCAAAAUCAAAUUGUAAUAAAAAACGAAACAAACGCGAGUCUCGAAGAAAGCGAUCAGUUGAGUAAAAAGAAAAGUAAAUGUAUUACGGAUUGUGAACUCAAUCCGUCCGAAAAAAAACUUGAAGAAAACGCUCAAGUUAUUAAUAAAAAAAAGAAAAGCAAGUCAAAAGUCAAAGACGAAGUUCAUUCGGAGAACGAAACAAACUUAUCUGACAAAAAUGACGAUAAAGUGAAAAAUACAGAAAUAAAAUCUGAAGAUAGUUGUUGCAAUAACAUUGUUUCAGAAAAAAAUGUGGAGCCCGUUUUAGAAAACACAGACCUGACGCAUAAGUAUCAGACUUUAGUCGAUUUAAUUGUAGAAAAUAGUUCUGCGGGUAAAAAAUACUGUAAGGGGGAAACACCUGCUCAAUUUGAAGAACAAAUAAAAGAAUUUAUCGGAAGCGUGAAAAAAGAUCCCAAGACGACAGUGGCGCCCACUCAUGUCGCUACGCCCGAAGCAACAAAGCCCUCCAUCGACGAUUCAGUGUCCGAUAGCAAAUCUACAAAUUUAAAUCCGGAUGACGAAAAUUUCAUCCAAGAAUUCGAAGUGCAAAAAAACAAAAUGCUCUCCGACAAAGCAAAACAUCAAGGAGUCUCCAAGUUUGUCAACGAUAAAACAAUGUUUGUGGCCAAGCACGGCAGACUGUUAUUCUUUGGUAGCAAUUUAAAUGAUAUCAAAGGCUAUGGUGAAUUUUAAAAAUGGACGUGUAAAUAUAUAAUUGUUAAUUAUUGAUAAAAAAAAUUAAAAUUAAAAAAAAUACGCUAAAAAAUGU